AUGUCAUCUUUAUCAACAGCUCAAUUAAUCAUUUCUAUUUCUGAACAUUGUAUGAUCGGUUUUGGUGUUACUAUUUUAUUGAUGGGAAUCAUUGGUAAUACAAUAAAUAUCAUUGUAUUAAACAAUCUUCGACUCUUUCGAGGAAAACCAUCUGUUUUCUAUUUCAUUUUCGAAUCUAUUUGUAAUUUAGCUCAACUUCUUAUUAAUUAUCCAACAAGAAUUAUGAUGGAUGGAUUUGCUAUUAAUUAUACAAAUAUGUCACUUGUUUGGUGUAAAAUGAGAGCAUAUCUCGUUUCAAUUCUUACUCUCAUACCUAUGUUUACAGUAUGUUGUACAUCUUUUGAUCAAUUUCUUUCGACACAUUAUCAAACAGUUUUGAGACAAAUGAGUACACUUACUCUGGCUAAAUAUCUUACAUUUGCCAUUGUUUUCAUUAUUAUUCUUCAUGGUAUACCAAUUCUUGUUUUCUUUGAUCUACUACCUCCAAAUGUUUGUGACAUUCAUAAUGCAAUAUUUAGUCGAUAUUAUUCAUCUGUUUACUAUCCAAU